AUGACUACUAUCAAAGGCCCCGGCGCUGCCCAGACCCACGAUGGCUCUGGACUCCGCGUUGCAAUUGUGCACGCCAGAUGGAACACAGUGAUCAUCGAACAACUGGUAUCAGGCGCGAAGAAGAACCUCCUCGCAGCCGGCGUCCUGGAGGAGAACAUCACAGUCCAGACAGUUCCCGGUAGCUACGAGCUGCCCCUCGCAGUGCAACGCCUCUACGCCGCCUCCCAGCUCCAGGCCAACUCCUCUGUCCAGGGAAUCAGCGCCACUGACCUCCUAGCAUCCCCAACUGCUGAGGUGGCGGGCUCUGGUAAUUCUACAAGCCCCAAGAAGCCCUUCGAUGCUAUUAUCGCCAUCGGUGUUCUCAUCAAGGGCGCUACUAUGCACUUCGAAUAUAUUGCCGACGCUGUCAGCCAUGGUCUCAUGCGCGUCCAGCUUGACUCUGGUGUUCCUGUUAUCUUCGGUUUGCUUACCGUUCUCACGGAAGAGCAGGGUUUGGAGCGGGCUGGUCUUGGUAGCAGUGGCAUGCACAACCACGGUGAGGACUGGGGUAGUGCUGCUGUUGAAUUGGGUCUUAAGAGGAGGGAGUGGGCUGAGGGCAAGAUUUUGUAA